AUGCACAUCCUGAUACUUGGCGCAUCAGGCCGCAACGGCGCCCUCGUCCUCGCCGAGGCCCUGGAGCGAGGCCACACUGUCACCGCUCUCGUCCGCGAUCCUGCCAGCACAACUCUGACCCCUCACGCCAACCUCACUCUCGCAAAGGGCAGCCCCCUCUCGCUAACCGACCUUCGCGCCGCGAUGCAAACCGCGCGCGGCGGCCCAGACGCCGUUGUCGUGGCCCUCAACGGCCGGCGCCUGUCUGAUUCCCCCUUUGCGGCCCUCCACCCAGAUACCCCUGCCGCCCUGAUUCACGACUCGGUACGAAAUGCCCUCGAGGUCAUGCGGGACGCCUCGCCUCCGACCCGAAAGCUCGUUGUCAACAGCAUGCAGGGCGCCGGCUCCAGCAACGCGAGCCUGAUUUUCCCGCUUCGAGUGCUUAUGAAUCACAGCAAUAUGAAGCACACCAUCAAUGAUCACAACGCCGUCGACGCACUCGUCAAGGGCGAGGAAGGGAAGGGCGUGGAUUGGGUAUUGGUCCGGCCGCCUAUGCUCACCGAGGGCGAAUCGUUGCCGGUCAAGGUGUAUGGCGAUGAUGGCAGCGGAGUCGGUUGGAUGCCCAAGAUCACGCGACGGAGCGUGGCUGGGUUUAUGGUGGACGCGAUUGAGAAGGACGAAUGGAACCGCAAGGCUCCAGUCAUCACCAACUAA